AAAUAACCGCCAAUAACGCGCUGCAUUAACAUUUGUUGUUAUCACCAUUAAUCGUUACUUCCUUCCUUUGCAAAUGGAUGCCCGAGAAGAUCUACCUAAAAUAUCAGUGGAGACAGAACAGGACUGGCGACGUCUUCAGCGAAAUAUCUCAACCGCUUUCCUUGAUAGAUUGGACUUGGAACUUGAAUCUCAGGGCGUCAGCCAAGACAGGGAAUCAUUUCUGCCUCACAUAAAUCAAUUCCUCGACACACUUUUUGCGAUAACUAGACCAAAUCUCCGUAUUAACGGACGCACCACCGAAGAGCCAUACGACGACAACGACGAAGAGAUGGAGCCUUUUGACGAGGCUCUUGAUCGACAUAUUUGGUCGCUUUCCGAUCAGCGACUAAAGUGGGAUAGGGAAAUCGGAGGUCGCCGCCGGAUACGUCCCACCGAAAUCGAAGCUCUGGUUCAGGGGGUUUGCGUUCAGCAUCAUAGUGUUGGCAUGGAUGUCGAUGCGAAUCAGGAAUCAUAUCUUUCAGAUCUGGAUGGCAGCCAACUUGAUCCUGCGAUGGAAGAAACUUUUGUGAAUGCUGUUACUAUGUCGGCUCAGCUUUCUCAGUCUAUUUCCAUGCAGUACGAGCGGGCAAACAGAUUUACUGCUGUUUCGAGCGAGGUCAAAGCACUAAAACCUUGACAUCUGCGCCCUCACGACGUGACGCACGCUGGGACUAACAAUACUAAGCACUAUUAUCAUGAUCCCCUGAAUCCGCCUCUUCCCCCUCGGGGUGCAAAACCUCCACUAUUACCACGGCCACUUCCUCCUCUGAAACCUCCUCUGAACCUAACCGCCCCGGUCACCACCGAAGCCACCUCUUACGCCACCCCUGCUAGCCCCUCGUCCUCCCCGUCCUCGUCCCCCAGGGGCACCCCGUCCCCGUGGCCCACUGCCCCUUGCGAUACCGCGCCCGCGUUCUGGAGAUGAUCUACAGUGAAUGGGAAGCAUAUAUGCGAGAGGAGAAAACGUACUUGUUACACCUAGAGAAAUAAAGCUCAGGUGUAGAAGUAGAAAGACCAAUAGAAUAGAGCA